UGACAGGCCGCUCCUAACAGCUCCCGGGCACCCAGCGCCCGGAGCUGCACCGGGGUGCCGGGUGCCAUGGUUCCGGGGUGCGGAGGUUCCGGAGUCUCGAGGUCCCGGAAUCCCGCGGUCCAAAGUGCCGGAACGCGACCCAAACCCAGCCCCGACCGGCAGCCCUCGCGCUGACGGCCCCGCCCUCGGCUGAGACGCUCCGUCAAAGCCCAUUGGUCGACGGCCUGUGCGCCCCUGCUCACGUGAUGCACCACGGGACGCUGCACGGGACGCGACCCGGAAGCCGGCGUUGCUGCGGGCUUUUCUCCCGGAGUCGCCAGCGUGCGGAGCGCCAGGGCUCCUCUCCGGGCGGCGGCGGCAGCGGCAGCGGCAGCGGCAGCGGCAGCGGCAGCAGCAGCAGCAGCAGCAGCACUAGGAGGAGGAGGAGGAGGAGGAUGUUCACGACGGGGGCGGAGAGUCUGCUCCGCCAGGCCAGGGAGCUCCGGGACGAGGAGCUGGGGAGGCUCUGUGCCCGGGUCUGUGCGCUACUGCGAGAGGAGGACUGGGGUCCCGACGCCCCGGAUGCCCUGCGGAGGCUCUUCCUCAUCGUCUCGGCCACGAAAUACAACAGGAGGCUGGAGAGGCCUUGCCUGGCACUGCUGCAGACCACCCUCUGUUCGCCUACCUGCCCCGAGCAGCUCCAGCUGCUCUGCGCCGCUGUCCUGAGAGAGAUGUCGCCCUGCGACAGCCUGAGCCUCUCCUGCGACCACAUCCAGAACACGCGGCAGCUGGGCCUCGUGGCCUCUGUGCUCUUGGCCCAGGGUGACCAACAGCAGGUCAGGAGCUUGGCCCAGCGCGUCCUCAAGGUCCUGGAGAGCCGGCAGCCCGAGGGGCCCAGCCUGAGGCACCUCCUCCCUAUCGUGUCCAAGGUCACCAGCCUGGCCCCGGACGCCCUCCGUGAAGAGCAGACCAGGGCGCUCAGCAAGCGGCUGGGGGACUGGCUCCGCUACGCCAGCGUCCAGCAGGCGGUCGCCCACUCCUCUGGGGGCUUCUUCUCCACGCCUAGAGCCCGGCAGGUGAGGCUGGGGCACUCGGAGCUCCGUGUCCCCAGGCUGCCUCAGCCGGCCUGGCCUGCAGGCCGCCACCCGCUCCUCCUUCCUGGUUCCAGAACGAGCGCACUCUCCUCGCUCCACUCGGGCAUGCGGGGGUGCCUUGGGUCACAGCCCCCGAGCCUGUGGCGCGCUCUGUGGGUUGAGGCCCGGAACACGCGGGCAGGGACCGUAUUUGACCGAGGGCUGCGUUUUCAGCUCAAGUGCCUGCGCUCACGCACCCUGGGUGGGGGCGGGGUGCCCGUGGUCCCGGAGGAGCGUGGACGGCCAGGGCGGUGGCUCGCGCCCCAUGCCGCCUGUUCUUGGCCCUUCCCGGGCCCUGCAGCGCCGGCUGACCUUCCUUGCCUCCUGCAGCUGGGCCCUGUCACCGAGGUGGACGGGGCAGUGGCCACGGACUUCUUCACGGUGCUGUCCACGGGCCAGCGCUUCACGGAGGACCAGUGGCUGAACAUGCAGGCCUUCUCCAUGCUGCGGGCCUGGCUGCUGGACAGCGGCCCUGGGGGCUCCAGCGCCCCGGACGCAGACGACAAGUCGGAGCUGGAAGGCUCCACCCUGUCCGUGCUCUCGGCCGCCUCCACCGCCGGACACCUGCUGCCGCCCCAGCAAUGGCUGCGGGAGAAGGCCUUCGAGUACUGCCAGCGCCUGCUGGAGCAGAGUAACCGGCGAGCCCUGAAGAAGGCAGACUCAGACCUGCAGAAAGCAUGUCUGGUGGAGGCUGUGCUGGUGCUGGACGUGCUCUGCCAGCAGGACCCCUCCUUCCUGUACCGCACCCUCUCCUGCCUGAAGCCCCUGCACACGCGCCUGCGCGGGGACCCAGCCUGGGUGCGGGCGCUGCUGCCCGUCGCCCAGUUCUUCCUGCACCACGGGGAGGCCGCCGCAGUGGAUGCGGAAGCCGUCUACCAGCACCUCUUCACCAGGAUCCCCGCUGAACACUUCCACAGUCCGAUGCUGGCCUUCGAGUUCGUCCAGUUCUGCAGGGACAGCCUGCCUCUGUUCGGCAGAAACCUUGGCAUUCUCAGGACAAGCUUCCCCAACCUCUUCAAGUUCCUGGCCUGGAACAGCCCGCCCCUCACCUCUGACUUCGUGGCGCUGCUCCCAUCGCUGGUUGACGCAGGGACGGCCGUGGAGAUGCUCCACCUGCUGCUGGACCUGCCCUGUCUGACCGCAGCCUUGGACCUGCAGCUCAGGUCGCUGCAGGCUGCAUCUGAGAGGCCGCCCUGGGAUGUCUCCAUCAGGGCCCCCGGCUGCCUGGAGGCCCUCCGGGACUCGCAGGUCCAGGGUCUUUUCCAGCACCUGCUGCGUGCCCACGCCAGCAGGACCGUGGAGAGGUUGACGCCACUCUACCGGCUGCUGCAGCCCCUGGCCGGCUGCGCCCGGGUGGUCCAGUGCGCUGAGGCCGUGCCCACCCUGCUCCGGGCGUUCUUCUCGGCGGUGACACAGUUUGCUGACGGGGCCCUGGCCAGCCAGCUGGCACUGCUGCUCCUGGAACGAAGCGACUCGCUUUACCAGGUCCCAGGGUACGAAGCCGGUGUGCACAGGGUGCUGAGCUCCCAGUUCCCGGCCCUGUGCAAGCUGCAUCCUCCACUGGUGGUCGAGCAGGCGAAGGAGCUGCUGGAGUUCGUGGGCGGCCCCCGCAGCGGCGGGCACGUGCUCACAUCCGUGGUGUGGGCCAUCGGCGAGUACCUGUCGGUGUCCUGGGACCGGCGCUGCACCGUGGAGCAGAUCAACAACUUCUUCGAAGCCCUGGAGGCCCUGCUCUUUGAGGUCACCCAGUCGCGGCCCUCCACCACCCUCCCCAAGUGUCCUCCGCAGGUCAUCACUGUGCUCAUGACCACACUGACCAAGCUGGCCUCUCGGAGCCAAGACCUGAUUCCCAGGGUCUCCCUGCUCCUGUCAAAGAUGAGGACCUUGGCCCAGAGCCCAGCCACGGGCUCCACGCCCGGUGAGGAGGGCGUGGGAGCCAUCCACACGCGGGCCACCGAGCUGCUGAACCUGCUGAAGAUGCCCAGCGUGGCCCAGUUUGUGUUCACGCCCAGUGUGGAGGUGUCCGAGCCCCGCUAUCACCGUGACACCAACACGGCCCUGCCCCUGGUCCUGCGUACGGUCAGCCGGCUGGUGGAGAGGGAGGCAGGCCUCCUGCCGGGGUGAAGGGACCAGGUGGAUGCCAGGCAGGGAUGCAGGUUGAGAGCCUGGUAUUACCGGCCAUGGCUUCAGCGGUCAGGGAGGCUGUGUGUCUGUCUGUUCUCUUAACCCCCUUCUCCCGUGGCCACACUGAGCUGUGUAGUGACACAGCACUGACUCUCGGCUUUAGCUCCUCUUGGGGCUGGGUGGAAGCUGCCUGGUCUGCGUCCUGCCGGUCCUUGUUUGUUUGGGGGCAAGAAGAGAUACGGCGAAAAUAAAUCUUUACAAAAUGGCUGCGUGAA